CGCCCAAGCCCAGCGGAGCGGGCAGAGCCGAACGGUGCGCCUCCGCGAAGGGUCGCUGCUCACUCGGACUACCCGCCGGCGCCGCCGCACCGGCCGCUCGACGUUCCCCGGCUUAAACCCUCCUCCUCCUCGACCCCUCGCCGCCCCACAGCCGCUAAACCCAGCGGAGAUGCGGCGCCUCCACAGAUCCCUCCUCCUCGCCGCCCGCUCCAGCCCCCUCGCCCGCCACCGACCCCCUCCCCCUCUCCCUCUCCACCGGCCCCCGCCUCCCCGCCCGCACCGCCCUCUCCCCUUCUCCACCGCAGCCCUACCCACGCCCCCUCCCCCCGAUGCGGCGCCAACCGCCCAGCCCGCCGCCGACGCCCUCGCCGCCCUCGAGGCCGCCGAGCGCCAGGAGUCCUCGGGCGACCACCAGAAGGCCCUCGACCUCGCCCUCAAGGUGCUCGGGCCCCUGCAGGAGUCCCGCGGCGGCUGGUCGCUCCCGGUCGCGCGCGCGCUCCGCCUCGCGGGCGCCGCGGCCUGCCGCCUCGGCUCCCUCACCGACAGCCUCGACUCCCUCGAGGCCGCCGCCGAGAUCGUCGGUUCCCUGCAGGGCGGGGGCGCCGAGGCCGCCACCGUCGGCGCCGCCGUGCACGAGCAGCUCGCGCGCACCAAGACGGCCAUCGGCCGCCGGUGGGACGCGGUGGCCAGCUUCCAGCGCGCGCUGGAGCUGAAGUGCCGGUUCCUGAAUGCAGGGAGUGCGGAGUUGGGCGAUGCUUACAGGGACGCCGCGGAGGCCUACGAGGGGGUGCUCUGCUUUGAUAAGGCGCUGCCGUUGUGUCUGAAGGCGUUGGAGAUUGCCGAGAAGCGGUCCGGUGAGGGAUCCGCGGAGGCGGCCAAGGUCCGGAGGAUCCUCGUGGUUGCUUAUACUGGGAUGGGUCGGAACGAGGAGGCGUUGGAGCAGAAUGAGCUUGUUAGGAUGGAGUAUGAGAGGUUGGGGCUGGAUGCAGAGCUUUCUCUGGUUGAAAUCGACGGGGCCAGCCUGCGUAUUCUGUUGGGGAGGACAGAGGACGCGAUGAAUGACCUUAAGAAGGUGAUGAAGCGGGCUAGCAAGGAGAGCGAGGAGCGUGCACUAGCAUUUGUCGCGAUGGCGAAGAUUUUGUGCUCCGAGGAUAGGUCCAGUGACUCUACACGGUGCUUGGAGAUUGCUCGUGAGACUCUUGAUGCAAAGCGUUCCGUAAACACUGAGCGGGUCGCUGGGGCAUACACCGAGAUAUCGAUGUUGUAUGAGUCAAUGAAUGAAUUCGAGAUGUCUUUGUGUUUGAUGAAGAAAACACUUGCGUUUCUCGAGGGUGCCUCAGGGAUGCAGCACAUUCAGGGGAGCAUCUCUGCAAGGAUGGGUUUUCUCCUCCUGCUGACAAAACGAAUUGAUGAGUCUGUUCCUUUUCUGGAGAAAGCUAUUGAGAAGUUGAAGAACUGCUUUGGACCACUGCAUUUUGGGUUAGGAUUUGCUUACAAGCAUCUGGGCGAGGCUUAUAUUGAAAUGGGUCAGCCGGAAUCAUCUCUUAAGUUCUUUGGUCUUGCAAGUGACAUCAUUAAUGCUGCAUUUGGGCCGAAACAUGAGGAUUCCAUUGAGAUCAUUCAGUGCAUUGCAAAUGCGUAUGGACUGAUGGGGAGCUACAAGUAUGCCAUGGAUUUUCAACAACGAGUUAUAGAUGCUUAUGAAAGCUGUGGCCCUGGUUCGGCCUAUGAGAUAAGAGAAGCUCAUAGGCUUCUAGAGCAGAUAAGGAAGAAGGCGGAAGGGUCACCUUCUGCAGUAUUUCCUGCAAAUUCACUGCCCGUGCUUCCUGAAAACCGAUAAUGCCUCUCCUGGCAUCUGUUAGAUGAAGACGACUCAGUGGUAAACUAAGAUUUCAUCAGCGACCCUCUCAGGUCUUUUAACUACUAUUUUGGCGCCCAAUGUCAUUAUAUGGUUCAUUUAUACUUACCAAUGGAAUUAGAUGUGAUCACGUCAUGUGUUCUAGUAUUUGGGAAGACAGAGCAUGCAGAUUACCCACCUUCAGAUUAUAGGUAGCAUGUAUGGUUGUACACAGUUUUCAUCAUCAAUAUUACUUGAAGAAUGUUUCCAUGUA